AUGUUUCCACAUGUUCGCCAUGUCUGCUGCAAGGAAAGGGCGCAGAGCAGGGUAGCAUCAUUUAUGGAUGGACGACGCGGCUCCUGCUCAAAUUGGGAUGAGAUGGACAUCCAAGGAGGCGCUGUUUGUUAUAUGCCAACAACCGCAAAUGAUCCGUCAACUUUUCCUUCGAUAGAUAAUGACGAUGUUUCUACGACUACUGCGAUGAGCGAUAAGGGCCUGAUUACAGAUGACCUUGCCGAUGUUUCCUCCAAAACAUCACAAGCAACAACACAAGAAUCAGACGACGCCGUGGAUGCCUUCGGUCGCUGCAUACCUAAAAACCGAGCUGUUUGGCAAACUAACAGCGGCGGAGCAUUCGUGAAUUACAAGGUUCUUACUGGAGAAGUAGUUCCAUUACCAACGGAAAGGGCGAAAAUUGUUGAACUACCAGCAGAGUUGGCUCUCUCGGUCAUGGAUAUGCACUGUCGUACCUUUGAAGGAAGUGAAGAAGUCUUGGUGAAACUUUUGUCGUCCAGUAACAAGAAAUAUAUGUAUGGCACAAAGUUUGAGGUUGCUGCAGGCGUGUGGACAUUGUUUUGGGAUCCAAUGCACCACAGUAAACUCACCACAUUCGACAUUCAAUCAGCAAUUUGUGCUGCAUUGAAUUCUCGUCGUACGCUCGCUUUUGUCAUUGGUGUGGACUCAAAUAAAGAGAUAGUUGGCUGCGAUCUAUCUCCACAGGCGAAGAAAACGAUAAGAGACGUCUUCGAAGAUUGCAUUCACACCGAAUUCGUCCCUCCUCUAGAUGAGGGGCUCGUAAAGCUCCGUUUCCGUUCCGUAUGCAAUCAGUUCGGGUGUGAGAUACCAUCACGUUUUCUUGUUGGAAUCACCGUUCAAGAUACUGUCACCACGCUUUAUCAACUGUCAUCUUCAAGAAUUUACUAUGCUGAUGGCAAUGUUGUAGCACGAGUAAAAAACCUCACUGAGGCUCGGAACAUGUUGCUUCUUCGUCGCCAAAAAGAGUUUGAAAAAAUGAAGAAUGCUGGUCAGCCUAUUCGCAUACCAUGCCUCAGAGUACCGGAGGAAAGGAGCUACUUCUUCAGUAAGCUGACCGCCUAUGCUCUCUUUGCUCUUUCUGGACUCAUCCUUAGUUUGGUAGUGGCUAUGUUUCUCAAAUACAAGUUACCAUUCCAGAACUAUUCUAAUGGAGAUCGUGAUGUUCAACGAAAGAUACUCGCCGAAAGGAUGAAGAUUCUUGGAGAGAAACAGCACAACAGAGAGGGAAAGAGAGCUCAGGACCAGCCCCUUUCCGAACAAGACCAUGACCUGCUAGUGCAAAUUGCUGAUGCUGUUGAGAGGUAUAAAAGAGAUCCUUUUACCGAAGCGGUAAACACUAUGAAAAAGGCAGAGGAACUCGCGCAGCAUGUAUCCCACAGCGAUUCUGAUCUACGCGAAAGAGAAGGCGACAGCGAUGUGGAGAUCAAAGAGGAAGGCUUCAUAGAGGAGCAUGACGGUUCCGACAGGAAGCUUAAAGAAAAAGAAGGUCACGAAGAUACUGAAGAAACAGAUGAGCAUCUCAACCGAACCCGAGCACCUAGCGAAGGAUACUGCGACUCUUACGAGCAGCAUUUUUCGUUCUACUGCAUAGGCGAGAGUGAUCGCGGUGGGGAGAACCAAAAGACUAUUGCCAAGUUCUGCCCUUCUUACAAGAAAGCUUGCCCUCACAAAUCAAUCACUGCAUCCAUCGCUUCAUCGGAAUUGCCGAGCAAUCCAAGCAAUCCAUUCACCAAAAAGACUGCUUUCCGAGCACCAGUUAUCUCCUCUGAAGAGUACGAGAGCUCAGAAGAAAGAUUGACUAGUGAAGAGGAAGAAGCGGAGAGGAAAGAAGCAUACUACAGCGAAAUCAAGCGCAGGUUUCCUUGCAAACCGGAUUGCGACCAGCGCAUUUUUCCUCACUGUACUCCAGAAUGUAAGUGCGAUUACAUCUAUCCUGCUGUGCAGAAAUUCUGCAAUCCUCCACCGUUGCCUCUGUUCCUGAAUACAUGCAGACUCUGGUAUCACGGCUGUCCGAAGUAUGAACAGUACCAUUAUUCGUCGCAGUAUAUUUACUCAAAAGCAGAAAAAGGAAAGAAGCUUGCUGGACCAUACCUUAACAAUCCCGUUCCUCUUCCUGCACCUCCUGUCCUUACACCUGCAUACGCUCCACAUCUUCCUUCCAGGGAGGCUAGGGGAUCUUAUAGAGAGCAAUACUCCAGAGGUGUCCAACGCCUUCAGCCCGUGGUCCAUUCUUCUAUUACACAUGCCCUACCUCCACCAUUACCGAAGUCUGUCGUACGAGAUUACCUAGAAAGCGCUUCUACGCAAGAAAGUAAGUCAGCAAGAAAGCGGAGAAGACAUCGUGAACGAAGAAGCAGAUCAAGGACGUUUUCUACUCACCGCCAUUCCCACAAAACACAAUCAGACACUAAAACCAGAGAGUUGUAUCGUGCGCUCAGAGCCAUCAAUUCGCUUACUUCUGAACCUGUAAAAAUUGUUCGGGAUCCAGCUAAGCUUCUGUCAGGCCCAAGCGAUGGAACAGAGGACGGGACUCGAGACGGCGCAGGUCCACGACCGCGCGCUCAUCAAUCUAAAAACAUUCCGGUAGUUCCGUCAGAAGCUGCAUAUGGUGCAAGCGACAAUGCUUUCAAGAAAUUUGACGGUUUGACCGACAGCGCUGGUGUUUUGCAUCGACCAAGGAGUCGCAGUCCUUUCGUCAAACCCGGUCUAUGGGAACCGAAUCCUGACGAUCCUCAUAAUCGUGACCAUGCCAACAAAUUCUACUAUGCACCUCGAUCAGUGGGGGUGGAUUGGCUGAAUGGACAGAUAGCUUGGGGUGCUCAUUGGGCUGUGCCUGCAGCUGGAACUGGUGGUACAGACGGAUUCAGUGCCGUUCAUUUCCCUACCAUUGGAACGUUCUUGAACAUUCCGGAUGAUUACGAUUAG